UUUCCUUUGAAUACUAGCUAGUUUCGCGUUUUGUUUGGAUUCUGAUGGUAUUGGAAUCACAUUCCAUUCUUUAAGCAUGUUUGGUUGCCAGAUUUGAAGCAUUAUUUGUUAUCGGGCUAAACAAGAAUAUCUUUAGAUGGAUAUGAUCAGCAAGCUUCCUCCGAGCAUACUUGAAACCAUCCUAUGUCUUUUGCCGAUUCAAGAAGCAGGAAGGACAAGUAUCCUUUCUAAGGAAUGGAGAUACCAUUGGACCAAAAUUCCUAAACUUGCGUUUAUUGAGAAUACGUUCCAAGAAUCAACGGAUGGGAAUGAGUUAUUUGGUGCACCAAGUCAAAGGAAAACAAUGACUAAGCGGUGUAAACUUUUCUAUGCUAUAUACCAAAUUUUGUUGAUGCACGAGGGUCCGCUACAUGAGGUCUUCCUUUCCAUCGACACAGAUCAGUCGUGUGUUGAGAUUGACCAUAUUAUAUUUCAUUUGUCGAGGAGAAAUACUGUCAAGAAAUUAACUCUUGACUUUAUAUGGGGGUAUCAGUUGCCCAUAUCUCUCUUCUCAUUGCGACAGUUAACAGAACUAUGUCUUAUUCGGUGUGAUCUUUACCAUCAACCAACGUUUGAUGGAUUUGGAAGCCUUACAAGCUUAUUUUUGAAAGAGAUAAUGACCUCUACAGAAACACUUCUACAUCUCCUGUCCAAUUGUCCUUUACUGAAAACAUUAGAACUUAACUUGGUUCAAGGUAUUCACGUUUCCGCCAUUGUUAAUCUAUUCCAGUGUUUACCCGUGAUUGAAAACCUGUCGAUUUGGUUUCAAUACACUGAGGGUUCGGAAAAAGGAGGAGUUCCACUAGCUCUUCCAACUGCAUUAGUCUACCUUAAAAACUUGGCUAUAGAAUCUAUCUCUUUUAUUCAUAGAGAUGCAUUACCUUUUGUUCUUCUUCUGAUCAGAAGCUCCCCAAACUUGGAGAAACUUAAGAUAGAGCUUUUAGAUGAUUCAUGGGUUGAGUUAUGUGAUAGAGGCGAAUCCUUUACACUAGAAAAUUCUCCAGAUAUAUGGUUGGAGCGCCUGUACGAAUUAGAGAUUGUGAAUAUGUUCUAUAGGAAAACUGAGCUGGAUCUUGUGAAGCUUAUAUUGGCAAAUGCACCUGUUCUGAAGAAGGUGACGAUAUUCGUCUGCAGCGAGGUUGCUAGGGAUGAAGAGUUGAAGAUAUCAGGACUUCUCUUAGGCUCCCCACACGCAUCACCGGUGGUAGAAAUCAUUGUUGAAGUUGUUGAGGUCUCAGAUACCAGCAGCUCCAGAAGUGUAAUGUAAGCAACAACUCACUUGGUUUUUGUGUGUCUGUUGAUGCAUCCACAUCUUUGCCACGCUUUAGCAUUUGGUUUGAGUCAUAUGUAGUGUUACCUUUGCAGUUAUCUUUUUAGUUUGAGAACGCUCUACAUGUACUUGCGUUGAAAUGGCCUGUUUUCAAUAAUGGAAACUUGGUUUUUAUGGUGAUA